GUACUUUCCGGUAAUCUCAAUGAACAGCGCAAGGCUAAAAGAUUACGGGUUGUGACACGGUUCAGUGCGUGUAUUCAUGCACAGCUCGCAGCUUUUUCACAACAACAAUGUAAACGCUUUAUAAAUCCUCAUGGUUUCUCAUUUAUGGCGACCCACUGUUUGUAUAUUGUUGGUAUUCUAUAUGUAGUUUUUUGGAUUACACCUGCAAAUGGGAACAAUGGGAACAAUGAACCACUGUUAUCAGGAUUAGUGGUCAACAGUCAGGACGGCCACCAUGUUGUGGCACAGAAGAACGGCAAACUUUUGUUAAACUGUUCUGUGGAGGUGAAGUCCUCCGAGUAUGGUGUUCCUAAUAUAACGUGGAGGAAGGAUGGUGUAUUAAUAGACUUUGACAAUCGUAUACAGAAAGUACAGAAUGGGUCCCUGUACUUUAAACGUGUAUGGCAUAAAAAGAAGAAGAAUAUAUCGGACGAGGGGAUGUAUGAGUGUUUAGUACAGAAUAAAAUAGGCAGCAUUAUAGCUAGACGGGUCACUCUUGAAGUAGCAAGCAUAGCUAAAGAGUAUAGCUCUGAACCUGUAGAUAAAAGUGUUGAUAAAGGGGGCGUGGCACGGUUCGAGUGUAAGAUCAAAGCAGUGCCCCCUCCUCUGUACACAUGGAUCAAAGAUGAAGUCCAGUUAGCAACAAAUGACAGGUAUAUCAUUAUAAACUCAGGGAUUCUGCAGAUUUUACAUGUGACUGCAGACGAUGCGGGCCAAUACAGUUGUCAUGCUACCUCAGGGGGACUACAUCAUCUCCCCGAUACAGUUAAUAGUAUUACUUGGAAAAGAAGUUCUGAAGCCUACCUCACAGUCAAAUCAGGGAAUAAACCAAGACCAGCUAAGAUAGUUGCUGGACCAUCAGAUACAGUUGCUCAGUCUGGUCAAACAGUGGUGCUAGAAUGUCUGGUCGAUGGUAGUCCCAGACCUAUUGUUAAAUGGAGAAGAGAAGAUGGUAAAAACAUCACGAAAGCCGUGUUACAGGGGACAAAUCUAAAACUGUUAGAAUUGGAAGAGAAAGACACAGGCAGUUAUAUAUGUGAAGUUUCUAGUCAAAAUGGACCUUUGAUUACUGCUAAGGCUAACCUCGUAGUUACAACCCCACCUGUAAUAAUAGAGAAACCUAAAAACCAGAAGUUUCCCCGGUCACGUGUUAUUAUAUUUACGUGUGAUGCAGAAGGAUCUCCUAAGCCUAAGAUCACCUGGUACAAGGAUGGACAGAGGACGUUAAUCAGCAACACUCAUGGCAGAUAUAAAAUAAAAGAUGAAGGGAGACAACUGGUGAUAGAGCAGACGGUAGUGGAGGAUUCUGGGUAUUAUCAGUGUAUAGCUGAGAACAGUGUUGACUUUGUAUCAGCAUUCGCCAGGCUUCUCAUUGAAAAAGACGACACAGCCCCUGGAAAACCAAAUGUCAGCGCUGAGGCAGUGUCCAGUAGAAGUAUAAAAGUCUCAUGGUAUAGACCUGCUAACAAGAAAUGUCCCAUUUUGGCGUACUCUGUCACAAUGAAAGUGGCAGACACUGGAAGUAAUGUAGAAACACAAGUGAUGUUGGCAACAGAUACAAUGAAGAUGUUCACAGAUCUGGUACCUUAUACUAAUUAUACAGUAUUUGUGUUAGCCUAUACAUCAAAGUGUGGGGCAGGGGAACAGUCAGAUCCAGUCACAGUGGCUACACUAGAAGAUGUUCCUUGUAAAGCACCAUUGAUAAGACUGGUGAGCACAACACCUAAUACAAUCACAGUCAAAUGGGAUCCCCUCCCACUCAGAUUUAGAAAUGGAGUCAUUGUCGAGUACUCGAUCUAUUACAUGAAAGUGGAGAGUAAAAUCAUCAUGAAGGAAAGAACAUCAGGGACAGCUACGUCUUUCCUUAUCACAGGUUUAGAUCCUGACACAGACUAUCGUGUGAGAGUUUUGGCAUCCACUAAGGCUGGCUACUGUCGUAUUGAAAACAAGGACUGGCCGUGGGUUGACUACCGUACUUCAACCGGCAAUAACCCAGUCCCGACGAUACAAGUAAACCAGAUAAAUUCUACCUCCGUGAAUGUUACCUGGCAACAUAGUAGUGAAGAGCUACCUACAACUGGUUACCUGUUGUCCCUCAAUAAAAUCAGUAGUACAGAGCCUCCAGAGGAGUUCAAUCUGCCUGCUUACAGGAGGAAUUACAUUCUCACUGAUUUGGAAAACAACACUUUUUAUGUAGUGACACUUGUAGCCAAAAACCAACAUGGUACCUCUGGCCCAGUGGUAGAUGAGUUCGAGACCGGCUACUCCACCAUACAACCACCGAUAGAUGUAAAGAUCAACACAACCAUGGAAACCAGAGUGACCUUGACCUGGAUACAGCCUGAUGCUGGUUCUGAUGUGGCCUUUUAUACUGUACGGUACUACCAUACCAAUCCUGAUAGAGAUGAAAAGAGAAUCACUGUCACUAGGACUACUGUUACCAUUGACAAACUGCAUCCUUUCACCUCCUACCAGUUUGAUGUAAGAGCUCACACAAGAGAUGGUAAAUCCAGUCCAUACAGUAAACCCGUCUUCACAAGGACCAAGGAAGAUGUUCCCUCGCCACCAGUUAAUAUGUCUGCUUUGAUGAAGAAUGGUAAUAUUGUGGUCACAUGGAAACCUCCUGUAAUACCAAACGGUCAAAUCACCACAUACGUCAUCAAAUAUCAGCUUGGAUCUGAUGAGGAACCUCAGGGUGACUGGUAUACAAUCAAAGUCAAUGGUACUAUAACAUCAUGGAGUUUACAGUAUUCUGAAGGCAUAUAUUAUUAUCUGAAGAUGUUAGCAUGCACAGGGGCAGGACCUGGUAAUACUACAAUAACUAUUGUAAUCCCUGAGAAGGAAACAGUUGUAUCUCCGAGUGGUAGUCCUAAAGACCAGAAGAUUGGUAUAAUAAUUGGCUGUCUUAUAGGAAUUGUGUGUAUCAUCAUCUGUAUACUGAUCAUACUAUGUCGAAACAGAUGUUUUAAGAAUAGUUAUCCACAGACACAAACAACUUGUUACCAUGGUAAUGGCCACAUACCAAACCAUGGUAACGGUCAUGUGACUGGUCCAGCAGAACAGAGUUUAUUGGAUCACCACCAGAUGGAGCUGUUCACACCAAUUCUGACAGAGAAUCAAAAUUGUGACUCCAAGGGAUGUGGCAGUGGGAAUUUGAUCGUCACACCUAAUGGAACAAGAAUCAAUGGCUAUGUUCCAUUUAAGAAUGGCAUGAGAAAUGGUCAUGUGCCGAAUGGACGUGUCACAGCUUUCCCCGGACGAGGGGAAAUAGCCAAUCCAGAGGAAACUCGAGGGCUUAUAGCCUCCAUGUUAGCGUCAAGUGAUGGAAGUCAUACAUCAGAAGAUUCAUCUAAAGGACCCAAAACAAGUUCCUUAGAUGAUAAGAGCCACGUUGGCCAGGAUCUACCUCAGAACUUAGACAUUUUACAAAACGGUGAAGAACAUACCUCUCCCGUCGAAGAGGAUGUACAAAAGGGAAAUAACUCAUCACGGAGUUGUCUCCCUCCAUCAUCUCUCAGGAUUUCUGCCCCUAAUCAACAGUCUACCUCCGGUCCCCCGUCAUGUCAUGAUUCUCCAUCGCCAGUGGAGACAGAGGGGUCCGUUAGCAGCGUGGAGGACUGUUCGGAUGUCGGCAGCAACCACCAUACCUCACUUAACGAGGACAAACCUCAAUCUAAUACCUCAGACUCUUUAAUUCCAUCAUUACGGAAUGGUAGAAUCAGGGCUCCGGAGGAGGUCGUGUUGCCGUACACGUAUCAACCGCCUCCUCCGCCAUACCCAGGGAAAAAGCGUUGCUAUGCCAACACAUCGCCUCAGGAACAUCGUGUCAACUCACAACAAGUAAUUGAUGCAUGAAUUUCAUAUUAUUAUAUUUAUGAUUUUUAAUUUUUUCAAACUUUUGUUAAGACUGGUUAAUGUUUUAAUUAUUUGUUUUUAAGUAAAAACAGUUGUUUGCAGACAACUCUGAGAUUUUAUGAACAAAUUUUUUAGCUGUUUUGUAUGUUAAGCUUUUUGACAUGCAUUUUUUUCUCUUUUUUUCAAAAUGAUUUUUAAAAAGUUUUUAACGACAUAUUUUUUGAGUUGGUUGGCAUAGUGUGUUAUUUUAGGAAUAUUAUUAUAUGAUAUUUUCGGUAUGAUGCGGGUAAACUGUCUUUGUUUUACACAUAAGCUCUUGAUAAUUUUUGUUCCCUGGUCGAAUACGUAAAAACAGGAUACCUCACUGACGUUUAUCUACCUAUAUAUUAUUAUUAGCAGACAAAGACUGCAUUUUUUAUGAAUAAUCGUUGUUAUUAUUCAUUUAUAUACCUCAAGGAUCACAUGACUCGAUCAUGUGAUCGAAAUAGUGAAAUACCUCAGGUGUCACGUGACUAUUUUAUUAUCAUCUCACAUUAUAAUCAGUUUGGAGGAGGAAAAGUGAAAGUAGCUUCAGAUGAGUCACAUGACCUCGCAGUGAUGUAAAGUGAAAGUGAAAGUAGAACAAGGAAGUGAAAACAUAUGAAGCAGGAAAAAGAAUAACAGGGUAAAAUAAGUGAGCUGUGGACAAAAGAUUACCGGUGAUUUUUGAUCCAGCAUACAAAUUAUUAUAUUGCCUCAAUUGUCUUUUAAUGUUAUAUUAAAAUUUUAUAUUAGUAUUACACUUGGAAUUAAAUGACCAUCUCUAUAUAAAGCUAAAUUAUACAAGAGCCCACACUGUAAUUUAUUUUAGCAUAUAAUUUUAAGAUAGAAAAUAUUUUAUAAAUUAUUUGAAAUAUUUGUUUAUUUUAUUAUGGACUGUAUUUCAUAUUUAACUCAACUUGUAGAAUUAUUUUUGUUGAUGACUAGUUUUGUAGAUUUGACUUUUGACACUCGGUGUCCAGUUGUAAUAUUUUCAAAAGUACCACAAAUCUUUUUUCUAAUGUGUAUUAUCAGUUUUUGGGAAACAUUUUACCACUUUCAGUGGCGCUCUCAGUGCUUAUUGAAAACUGAAAAAAAAAUUAAUAACUUUUUGAUGAGGUUAUUCUGUUUAAGAUUUGAUUAUUUUUAGAAACUGCAGGUUUUAAUUUAGGAAAAUAAGUUUUUGUUUUGUAAACAUCAAGAGAGGUUUUAAUAGAUUUUCGAUGGUACUAUCCUUACUAAAAAGUUUUAGCUAUCCUUACCAAAAGGCUUGUAGAAAUAAAAUAAAUUUGGACCCAACAUUAAGUUUUUGCUCAGCUUUUAGGGGUUGAGACCAGCAAUAUAUGUAUUUGUUGUAAGUCUGGAAAAUCAGGGAUUCGUUUUAAAAGCUUUAGAUAAACUUAUGUUCACCAAUGCCUCAAAUGUAUAAAUAAACUGAUAAAUUAUUAUUAGUAUGCUAGAAAUAACUGACCUGUGGCUAGUAUUAUGUAUAUGGAAUUUUAUAUCAUUUAAAAUUAUACAGUUUUCUUUUUUACUAUUCGAAAUAGUAGC